CCAAGAAGGAAGACGAAGGGGGAGCAAUACCCUGGUCCAAGCUCAAGUAAAGCUUUUAAUAUAGCCUGGGUUAUAUAUUUAAAAAAAAAGUCAUGAUCAGUUUGUCUGCGAAGUUAGACUGCUACCGAACCUAACACAUGUAGCCUAGGCUAACACAUUCUCUUCGUAUCGGGACAUGGGUGACUUUGUUUAGCUUAUUUCCAAUGGCGCAGAACGAGACGAACUGAAGGCAAAGAAAAUCACAACAAUGCAUUUGACGUGGGAUACAUUACCAAGAUAAGCAUACAACUAUAUAUCUCUAAACUCUAAAGCAUUCAAAGAGUUGUAUGGUAGACAGACAAUGUGAGAACAGCAGCAGCAUUGUGGCAAAUCUUGUCAUGAUGAGAUUUAUUUGAAUGAUAUGGGGAGUGGCUGAAACAUGGAUCAACAAGUCAACACAAAACAGGACGGCAGCCUAAAGGGGCAAAGCUCACUCCAUCAUGAGAGGCCUCCAUCACCUGUGCCCACUUGUGUGUCCAUGAAGAGUGACAAGUCAGAGGAUCGUGUGAUAAACUUCAAACAUGAUGUCACAGAUGGAUCAAGUGGAUUCCAUCAUGAGAGGUCUCCUUCACCUGUGCCCACUUGUGUGUCCAUGAAGAGUGACGAGUCAGAGGAUCGCUUCAUACACUUCCAACAUGAUGAUGUCACAGCUGGAUCAAGUGGCCAAAUGGAAGAAUGCAAACCAGAUGCUGUCAGUGGCCAGUUCACCCAGCGGGACCUCCAGCACAUAUUCCAGGUGCUUGAGGAGAAGAUCAUCACCUUUGUAAAGAAUGAGCUGAAGAGAUUCAAGAAGAUUCUAGAUUACCAAGAACACUUUGAGGGUAAAGAGCAGGAUGAGAGUGAUGCCAGAGAAGGGGCUCUUAAGAUGGCACUGCACUUCCUGAGGAACAUGAAGCAGAAUAACAUUGCUGACAAACUGCAAGAAAAUGAGCAUGAUGUGGUUUGUCAGACUGAGCUGAAGAGAAAUCUCAAGAAAAAGUACCAGAGUGUGUUUGAAGGAAUACAAAAGCAAGGCAGCUCUGCUCUGCUGGAGAAGAUCUACACAGAGGUCUACAUCACAGAGGGAGGAAGUGGGAAAGUAAAUGAGGAGCAUGAAGUCAGGCAGAUUGAGUCCAAAUCCAAGAGACCAGCUGGACAGGAGACACCAAUCAAAUGCACAGACAUCUUUAAGCCCUUACCUGGCCAAGACAAACCAAUCAGAAGUGUCAUCACAAAGGGAGUAGCUGGCAUUGGCAAAACUGUCUCAGUUCAGAAGUACAUCCUGGAUUGGGCUGAGAGGAAAGAAAACCAAUAUAUCUGUUGUGUACUCAUAACUAACUAGGAUAAUAUAUUUG